CCCCGUUCCCCUGCUGUGUCCCACGCCCCGGUGUGUUCUUGCUGCUUAGCAUACCAGGCCGUGAAGAGCAGAGAACGCGUCCGGCAGGCCCUAGUUCUGGUUCAGGACCAUGCCACCACCAUCACUGAGCGGUCCUCCCGGGCCAGGUUCGAAAGCAUCAUCACGGGGCUGGCUGAGGUGUGCAUCCUGUUCGACGAUGCAGAGCGCCUGCUUGUGCGAACGAGCAGCAGUUCCUUUCCCGUUGAAGGCAAACGCUCUGCGUCGGAGCUCGUGGACAUCAUCCUGGCGGCCGCGGCGAAGAAGCUCGAUUGGUUGAACGAUGCUUUCCAGGAAGCACGGAGAGAUCAA